AGCUGGGAAGCUGGGGAGCCCGCGUCGAGGGGUAACGAUGCACAGGAGUACAGGAGUUGCCAAAACGUAGUAACUUCCUAGCUACACGGUGGGAAGUUGAGGCCGGGUAGAGAGCUUGCUUCAUUUCUCUGUCCAACAAACCAUCUUUAGAAUUCCCGGCACCGCUGCCGACACCUCGAAACCAUGCCCCUCCAUCACCUGAUGGUCGGCACCUGGACCCCGCCGGGUGCCAUCUUCACGGUUGAGUUUGACGAUGAGAACCUCACGCUGAAGCUGCUGAAGCGUACCGAGAUCCCCCACGACGAGCCGAUAUCAUGGAUGACCUUCGACCAUGCCAAGAAAAACCUCUACGGCGCUGCCAUGAAGAAGUGGUCCAGCUUCGCCGUGCGGAGUCCAACCGAGAUCGUCCAUGAGGCGUCGCAUCCCCUCGGUGGCGACCCCCGGGCCAACAGCCCCGACACCAACACGCGCGCCAUCUUCCUCCUCGCGGCCAAGCAGCCGCCGUACGCCGUCUAUGCCAACCCGUUCUACAACCACGCCGGCUUCGGCAACGUCUUCUCCGUCUCGGCCAGCGGCAAGCUCGAGGCCAACAUCCAGAACUACCCGUACCAGCCCAACACGGGCAUCCACGGCAUGGUGUUCGACCCGACCGAGACGUACCUCUACUCGGCCGACCUGACGGCCAACAAGCUGUGGACGCACCGCAAGCUGCCCACGGGCGAGGUCGAGCUGGUUGGCAGCGUCGACGCCCCGGACCCGGGCGACCACCCGCGCUGGGUGGCCAUGCACCCGACCGGCAACUACCUGUACGCGCUGAUGGAGGCGGGCAACCGCAUCUGCGAGUACGUCAUCGACCCGGCGACGCACCUGCCCGUGUACACGCACCACAGCUACCCGCUGAUCCCGCCGGGCAUCCCCGCGCGCGACCGGGCGACCGGCAAGGGCCUGUACCGCGCGGACGUGGUGGCGCUGACCGCGAGCGGGCGGUACAUGUUCGCGUCGUCGCGCGCCAACAGCUUCGAGCUGCAGGGCUACGUGGCCGCGUUCCGGCUGCGCGACUGCGGCAGCAUCGAGCGCCAGCUCUGCCUCAACCCGACGCCGACCAGCGGCGGCCACAGCAACGCCGUCUCGCCGUGCGACUGGUCCGACGACUGGCUCGCCAUCACCGACGACCAGGAGGGCUGGAUCGAGAUGUACCGCUGGCAGGACGAGUUCCUGCACCGCGUCGCCCGCCUGCGCAUCCCCGAGCCCGGGUUCGGCAUGAAUGCCAUUUGGUAUGACUGAGCGUCCGCGAUGGGAGAGGCGGGGGGACGCUGCAGUGGGAGAAAUGGUGCCGAGGACUUCCGUUUUCAUGUUGACUUGUUAGAAACAGAGAAAGCAGCGUAGUUAAUAGAA